AUGCAAUCAGCUUAUGAUGACCUGGCCAAGCAGAGGAUGCAGCAGUCCAAGGCUUUGUGUUCAGAGGCCGGGCGAGGAGGUCUGAACUUAGGGAAGAAGAUCAGUAUACCCAAGGAUGUGAUGAUGGAAGAGUUGAACCUUCAGUCCAACCGUGGCUCCCGCAUGUUCCAGGAGAGACUGAAGAGGGUGGAGAGGUUCACUCUGGAGAACCAAGUCAACAACUUAUACAGCAAUGUAAGAACACACACACAUACACACACACACAGCCCUGGGGGGAAGGAGAACCAGGCAUAUAUGAUGCCUGGCAAACACAGCCUGAUCACCACCCUACAGAAAACUGUUGCCAAGAAGGGCAGCCCCAAUGCCAUCGCCCCAGGCUACGGGAGCCCCCUGAAGGAGAUCCCCCGUGAGAAGUUCAACCUGACAACCAGGUCCUACUGUUCCCCCUGGAGGGAAGCCCUGGGUGACAGUGACAAGCUCCUGUUGACUCUCAGCACCCAGCUCCCACAGGGGGCCACACUACAGCUGGCCAACUACAGGUGCUUCAACAGAGCGGCCACACCUUUUGGAGGCCCACAGCAACAGAGUAAGAGGGUGAUCCCAGUGAUGGGGUUCGAGCUGUUGGACUCACAGCACCUCCCUGGUACGACCCUGGACCGCAUGUGUAAACGUCCCAACUUCAACAGAGCACCACGGGGAUGGGGUCAUGACUACUCCCCUGAAUCCACCGACCUGUGAUUGGCCCACUGCUCACCUACAUCCUUCAAACUUCAUGUGACAUCACAGGCUAAAAGACUGAAGCAUUAAUCUGCUCUUAUUACCCAUCCUCAUCCCUCUGGAUUGAAAGAUGACCUAUCCGGAUUAGGAAGAA